AUGAUGUACACAAACAACGGAGGUGAUAGAGGAAAAGGCACCACAUCACACCUCCUCUUUUCAUUGGAUAACAAUAACAACAACAAUAACAACAAUAGUAUCAGCAGCAAUAAUAAUAACAACAACAACAACAACAGCAACAACAACAAUGGUAUUAGUGGUGAUCCAACAACAACAACAACAACAACAACAGUUCGUCCACAGAAGUUGGGGCUUCCCACUGGUGCUGGCCGGGCUGUUCCACGCACAAUCGUGCAGUCCUCCACAAAUACAAAGAUGAAACCAAAAACAGUAGCAGCGGCAUUGAGACAAGGCCGUCCUUUGCCUAUUGAACAUCCUCCUAUCCCUAAUGCUAGUACUGCUGCUGCAGCUUCUUUUUCCUCUUCCUCUUCUCCUCUUCCUCCUCCUUCUAGAAACUCGGAUAUUAUUUCUGUAGUGAAGGAGGAACAGGGUGGUAAUAAGAGAGAAGGAAAACCCAAAGGAGCUCUCGUGACAAGCACUUCUACAAAUAAAACACGGUUAAUUCAGGGAAAAGUCAAACCCAGAGCCACACCAUCUCCAUCCUCAUCCUCAUUAUUGGGAACAACACCAACAACACCACCACCAUCAUCAUCAGCAUUGGGAACUACAGAAUCUGUUGAACCUUCUAUAUUUGAUGAAGCUCCUGUAGAGGCUAGUUUAGAAUACCUCACACGUCCACACCGUUCAUGGGAUAGUGCGGUACGAACCAGAGAACUUCGUAUGCGUAAAAUACAAGAACAGUGUCGUGUUGCUACCAGUCGCUAUGCAUCUUCUUCCUUGUCGAGUUCUAUGCAAUUCUCCGCCACGACAUCACCCACGAGUGAUCGAAGUCUUUCUAGACUCAGUUUCAACAGCGCCCCACCAACCUUUGGGCGGGCCAUUGCCAUGUCCCCUUCACUCGGUAGCAGCAUAAACAGUGGUGUACUGAGGCGAGGGCGAUUGGGCAUGUUGCCGAAUAUCCGCACAGAAGCGGAAGUGGAAGGACUUUCCGUGGGCGGAAAUCGUCUCAUUGGUGUUUCUCCACAAAUAGCGGGAGUGGGAUUUCCCACAGCACCACCAGCACGGCAGAGACCACUUCCAUUAGGACAGACAACAUCUUCACUGAGUGUCGGGAGCUCAACACCAUCAGAGAGUCGUGGGAAUAAAGGAACAGGCUUGCGUGGUGGAAUACGUGAGUUUGCCUUUUCAAUGCGAUAG